AUGCCAAGAACAGUUGAAGGUCAUUCAAGAAUGAAGUUUGCCAGGUAUGUGCCCGUUUUGACGGCAUUCGUGGUGUCUGCUCUACUGCUGUACAUUGCUUCAAGGACGCGACCAAGACAACCGAUGUUCCUGGAUCUGCAAGAAAGGGUCGGACUGAAGUCGAACACUCAGGUAUGGGAGACAAAAGAGAAGCGGUCCGAACAAAAGUCAGCGCCAUUGAAAGGAGAGGGUGAGGCAGCCCAUCCAAUCCCCAUGGAGGAGACGCUCCAGAGCAUGACCAACAAACAGCUGUCAACUCUUUAUAACGAUUACAUGACCAACAUCCAAGUGUUGUGCCGCGACAAGAUAAGGAUGGGCAACAUUCACGGCGGUGGCUGGGACAUCUGUGUACAGGGACGUUACAAGCUGGAGAAAGACAACUGCAUCGUCUACUCAUUCGGCAUUGACAACGACUUCAGCUUUGACGAUGACGUUGCUGACACCUACGGCUGUGAAGUGCAUGCCUUUGAUCCCAGCAUGAACAAGGAAGAUCACCUGAGGGGGAAGCUGGUCAACUUUCACAACCUUGGACUUGCGGACAUCAACGGUAACGGCAAGAGGAACUGGCCAAUGAAGACACUGACGGCAAUAAGGCAAGACAACGGACACGCUGAGAAAGAUAUUGACUACGUAAAGAUCGACAUCGAAGACUCCGAAUGGGGAGCUUUGAGAUACGCUUUCAGUACAGGUUCACUUAAAGGUGUGAAACAGCUAUCGUUGGAGUUCCACGUAUUUGGCAAAGAGCAGAGGUCCAGGUACAUCUCCCGGCUGAACGUCCUCCGGGGUCUGUACGACGAGGGCUUCAGGAUAUUCUGGACUCACAACAACGUUGUGUACCCCGCCUGCAGGUUCCAAUCUGUCUUUGACGGCCGACAGAGAACCAGAUGUCACGAAGUCUACUUCCUUAAAUGGGUGUAA